GCAACCGCACCCAUACAAGAGCAGAGCGACUCACCUACGUUACCGUGGACGAUAAAAACAACAACAGAAGAGCAGAAAGGAUUCUCUGUUGUCACAUCAACUGCAAACAAGGAGUCCACACAGUGAACAGUAUUAUAUCAGCGUCCCCGCAGAACGAUAGAAGCUUCACCUGCUCGAUAGCAGACGAUAGACACACAUCGCGAAUACAGUAGUUGCACUUCUUUUUGCUUUCUCCCUCGUCCACCAUGCCUGCAAAGAAGACCAGGAAUGGAAAGAACAACGGAAGUCACAGAGGCGUUUCUUCUGCGGCGACGAUAAAAGGGGAGGAGGAGUCGUACGAUGUUGCCUCGCUGCCUUUGGACGACGCCGCUGGCAGCACCUCUCCCCACAGCUCCCCCUCGCCCUCGCAGAAGCGAAGUAAGAAAGAGGCCCCGCAAAGCAGCGCGUCUGCCGCCUCCACCGGAGAAGGCUCUUCGACAGCUCCACUGCAACAGCAGCAGCCCGUCCUGGGCGAGACGGCUGAGACUUCGUUGGCAGAGUCGUCUCUGCAGGCCCUUGUGGACGGCGUGGCGCCAGCGGGGGCGGCCGACACGAUUCUGGCCGUCUACCGCGGCGGAGACAAGGAGCGGGCGCUCUGCGCAGUUCUCAACGUGCUGUCGAAGGCGGCGGGCGUGGCCGAAGUAGAGUUGGACACCAACGCCCUCGUAGAUGGUGUUGAAAUCCGUCCCCUUCUCGAGGAGCUGUACAGCCGCGUCCCGGAAAACUCGGAGGCCUAUCUGGUGGUGAAUAAAGACGCCAAGUACAGGCGUUUCCGCCGUGCCUUUCCGGAGUGGUGUGCCGCCCUGGUGCACAACAGCGUCGCGUCGGACAUCUUGCUGGACACCACCUUCCUCCCGGUGCUCUCGCAGUGGAUCAUCGCGAUGGCGGAGAGCAAGUCGCGCGCGUUUCGCCACACCGCCACCGUUGCGCUGCUCGCCUUUGUGCACGCCCUCUCGAGCGUCGCGGCGGACCUGCAAAGCCAGCUGGCACUGCUGCGUGCCAAGAAGGACAUCGCCACGGUUCAGCGCAAGCGCGACGACGUCGUGGAGUGGCGCGACCACCUCUUCGCCCAAGCCGUUCACCAACGCCUGCGCGACGUUGCGCCUGAUAUCCGCCUCGCCGCUUUCCAGGCCCUGCGUCGUUGGAUCAUUGCGUUUCCCGAUGAGUUCAUGACGAACAAGUACCUGCGCUACCUCGGCAUGCCGCUGCACGACAAGCGGGCGGAGCUGCGGGCCGAGGCGCUGGACACGAUCCUGCAGGCCCUCGCCCACGUGUCGGACGCCUACAGCCGCAUGCAUCUCUUCCUUCAGUACUUCACCGCCCGUCUUGUGGAGCUCAGCAACGACGUCGAUGUGCGCUGCACCGAGCUGGCGAUUCGGGUGGUGGCGAUGAUGGUGCGCGGGGACGCCGACGUGGCGGAGGGCAGCGAGCUGCUGACGAACGAGAAGAUCGACCAGGUGCUGCUGACGUUGUUUGAUGAGCGGCCGACGGUGCGCGCGGCGGCGGGUAUUCUGCUGAAGGUGUUCAUUCACUGCCGCACCGCAGGCGAGGAGAGCGAGGCGGAGCAGGUCAGCGUGGCAACAGAAUUAUUGUGUUCGUUCGCGGCCACGCUGCGCUCGCAGUACCGCGAGGCGAUGCCGGAGAAGUACCUCAUCGACGCCUUGUGGACCCCCGAACGGCCGCCGGUACUCUUGGUGGAAUACCAGCCGCUUCUCGCCGCUGCCCAGUCGGACAGGCCGCUCGAUGCCGUUGUCGGUGUGCAGCUCCUGGCUGCGCUGCUGCUUAAGAUUCAAGGGAGAUUGACACUCGGUCCGCCACCGAAGGACGACCGCCGCGGCGGAACCGGCGGUGGGAGCAAGAAGGUGUCGCAGAAGGUGAGGGAGGAGACGGAGGUCCUGCAGCGGCGGCUGAGUGAGGACGCCGCGGUGGCGCUGUGCUCCACUUUGGAGGUGCACCGCGGAAGCGAGGACGUGUUACAGGCCUGUGCGCUGCUGUGCGCCGCACUAGACAUGUCGACGUUCACCUCGCAGCGUCACCACACGGCACUCUCCGCGCUGCUCAUCGAACUGCGCAAGGCCACGCUGAUGUCGUCCUGCGUGUCGUCCGAAACGCGCGAGUGCCUCGUCAAGGCGUGGUAUCAGCUGGCCUUCACCGACUACCCGCUCCGCACAGAAGCUCAGGCGCACCUGCAGGAGCUUCUCAAGAAUGUCUUUGGUCUCUUCACUCAAGUGGCAAAAAAGACUCGGAGUCACACACGGGAGGAAACGGAGGAGCUGCUUGCCGUGUGGGGGCGCAUGAACCUGGUCUCCGCUCUCGUGCCGACGCAGGAGCACUGGACAACUUUGUACGCUGCUCUGCGUGCCGCUCUGGAGGUGCCGCCGUCGUCGACGGUCACGUCGAUGAGCGCAACGCUGGCGAUGCUCGUGGUUGGGACAGCGGUGAACUCCCUCCUGUGGCGGGUGAAGGCGUGCAACGAGACGACCGACGCCGCUGCGCCGCUCGACGAGCCGAAGCAGUACGUGCAGGACCUCGUGACCGCAGUGCUGCAGUUCGAGGUGGAGAUGGAGGAGCUAUUGCAGUCCGCCGUUCCGAUUCCCUCCUUCGCUGGGUCCAGUGCGUCGGUGAACGAGCACCACUGGGUCGUGCCCGUCGCGGAGGUCUUUGUGUACCUGUGCGACCUUCUGGCGCUGCCGUACUACGACAUGUCUCAGGUGCAGCAGGAGACGCUCGUGCGGCUGCUACGCGGGUUGCACGAACACAUCUCCGUCGAGCUGCGCAGUGCCCAGGACUCUCUGAAGUUGCACGUCCACGAGCACCGCGGACGGCAGCAGCAGCAGCAGCAAGGUGACGCAGGGAGUUCAGCGCAGACGGAUGUACCAGCGGCGGCCGGACUGGCAGAGCUGGUGGCGGCGCGACGCACCUGCUCUCGGCUCGAGGCGCUGCAGCUGCGUCUUGUCUCCGGUGUGGCACGUCUCUUCCUCUUCAAGCGGCUCGACGGCAACGCGCUCGCUGCGCCUUUCCUCGUGUUAUGGACGCAGUCGCCGUCUAAGGCGGUGGCGGACACCUUCAAGAGCCUCUUUCACACGCUGCGCGAUCGCGCCAACGAUGACGGCUUUUCACUGGAGCGGGAUGUGGUGCUGACGGCCUACAACAGCUGUGUAGAGGUCGGCGCCACACCAGUGUCGGUGGAGGCCCUCUAUCAGAUCGGCAUAAAGCUAGCGUCGCUGCACUUUAUUGGGAGCGACCGGUUCUACAUGUGCUGUCCGGCCAUGGUGCAUUUCGGCGCGGAGUUCGCCACCUCGACGGAUCCGAUGCUGCUGCAGGCGAUUGUGCCGUACGCGUCAAAGCUGCGACCCGUCGACGCGCUGCACGUGCUGCGGGACCAACUGAGCAAGAGCGACAUCUUCGCCGAGGCGAGCAACGCCUAUGUCCGCAGCUUUGUGGCGGCGUUACGCAAGGCAGCCAAGCUUGAGGACUCGAACUCGGCCUCAUCCCUCAUGAACAGCAACGGCGGUGCAAAGCGGCAGCGUGCCCUGGGCGGUCCGACCGAGUUAGCUGAGGAAGAGGGCAUGUUGGCCGCCAUUGCACAAGGGUUGCCUGACAACGCCGUCGCCGCAAGCGUCGGUCCUGUGGGUGGCGCUCGUGGGCAGCGCAUCUCCAUCGCGUCGCGUGUUGUGACGGCAGACGGCUGGCACGUUCCGGCCAACGGCUCGAGUCAGGCCAGCGAAGAGGUGGUGGAGGUGCAGAGGAGCCAGAGCGACCAGCAGCCGCAACACGAACCCCAGCUGCGUCCGCAAGGUGCGUCGGCGCCGCAUCCUCACCGGUCCAUCGUUAAUGUCCCCACGUCGCAGGAAACGGCGCUGUCGGUGUUGGCAGAUGAACUCGACAACGACGAGGUUUUUGUCGCCACCGAGGAGUACGAGUAG